AAAGCCAACUAAUAUUGAUUAUAACGCAUCUGAACAUUGCUCAAUUUUUUUUGCUUAUUGUAAGAAUUAGCAAUGUGGCAACCUGUAGUUAUUUUAUUAAACGAAAAGUAAACAAGCCACUAGUCAAGAAAACCAAAGGUCGAGCUUGAUGAUCCCAGCAGUAAAUACUUAAGUUUCAUAUUAUAAUAUUACUCUUCAUUUUCGUAUUGUUUUUUGAAAUAAUUUAGGUGUUGAGUCCGGUUCAUUCCUUAAAAACAUUUUCAUAAAUAUCUGGCAAAAUAUCCUUGUAAAUCAGUAGUUAUUUUAAUAAGAAAAUGUCCCUCUUAUCAAAACCCAUUAUCCAUGCACUUAGCUUCUAUUUUGGACAAUUAUACGAACACCCGAUCAGAACCAAAGCUGUUAGCUGUUGUGUUGUUGCCCUAGCAGGCAACUAUGCUUCCCAAAGGAUUUCUGGUGUCAAGCUGAUUGACAUUCAUAGUUUAGCUGCUUAUGGAGUUUAUGGACUUCUAUUUGGUGGUACCAUCCCACACUUCUUUUACUCAUUUUUGGAAUAUGCAGUACCAGAUGGAGCCUCAUUUCCUGUUGCUAGAAAACUGAUUUUGGAAAGACUCGUAUACUCACCUCUGUAUCAAGCAUUUGCCUUGUAUAUGAUUGCAAGACUAGAAGGUAAAGACCAUAAAACUGCUGUUGAGCAAUUAAGAGGUUUAUACUGGACAGUACUCACCACUAGUUGGAAAUAUCUGACCGUUCUACAGCUUUUGAAUGUCAGUAUAGUGCCACCAAUGUUACGGGUUUUGGUAGUAAACCUAAUAGGUUUCUUCUGGAUUAUUUACUUGGCAAACCAAAGGCGCCAACAAGAACUCGCCAAAUCCAAAUAAUUCAUAUUCAUAAAAUCAUUCCGUUUUAUUUUUAUCGUUGUAGGUGGAUUUUGGUUGAUGUUGUUUACAUUUUUGUAUGUUGUUAUUGUUUUAUAAUAAUUGUUUUAGGAUUUAACAAAAUAAUGUGAAAAUAUAGCAUUUACAAAUUAAUAUAAAAAAUAUUUCUUUAA